AUGCCGUACCUGGGCGGCGAGGAGGCGCUGCGCGACCUGCGCCGGGCCCUGGCCAACCCGCACGUGCAGGCGGACCGGCUGCGCUACCGCGGCGUCGUCCAGCGCGUCAUCCGGCUCAUGACGCAGGGCACGGACGUGUCGGGGCUCUUCACGGAGAUGGUGAAGGCGAGCGCGGCGGCCGACGUGCUGCAGAAGAAGCUCGUGUACCUGUACAUGUGCAGCUACGCGCCGCGGCAGCCGCACCUGGCGCUGCUCGCCAUCAACUCGCUGCGCAAGGACUGCGCGGACCCCAACCCCAUGGUGCGCGGGCUGGCCCUACGCAGCAUGUGCAGCCUCAGGAUGCCCGGGAUCCAGGAGUACAUCCAGCAGCCCGUCCUGAACGGCUUGCGAGACAAGGCCUCCUACGUGAGGAGAGCGGCGGUCCUGGGCUGUGCGAAGAUGCAGAAGCUGCAAGGGGACGCAGAAGUGGAUGGUGCAUUGGUGAAUGAGCUAUAUAGUUUGCUUCGUGACCAGGAUCCUAUUGUAGUAGUGAAUUGUCUGAGAGCUUUAGAAGAGAUUUUGAAGAAAGAGGGAGGAGUUGUCAUCAACAAGCCCAUUGCCCACCAUCUCCUCAACAGAAUGCCUGAUCUGGAUCAAUGGGGACAGAGUGAGGUACUUGCCUUCCUUCUGCGCUACAAGCCCCGCAGUGAGGAGGAACUCUUUGACAUACUCAAUUUGCUAGAUGGAUAUCUCAAAAACAGCAGCAUCAGUGUUGUGAUGGCAGCCACCAAGCUUUUCCUCGUGCUGGCCAAGGAGUACCCACAUGUGCAGGCAGAUGUUCUGGUGAGAGUGAAAGGACCACUGCUGUCUGCCUGCACCUCUGAGAGCAGGGAGCUCUGCUUUACAGCUCUGUGUCACGUGCGCCAGAUCCUUGGUAGCCUCCCUGGCCACUUUAGCAGCCAUUACAAGAAGUUCUUCUGCUCAUAUUCAGAGCCUCACUACAUCAAAUGCCAGAAGAUGGAAAUACUGUGUGAGCUGGUGAAUGAUGAAAAUGUGCAGCAAGUGCUGGAGGAGCUGAAGGACUAUUGCACUGAUGUGUCAGUAGAGCUUGCCCAAAGGGCCAUCUUUGCCAUAGGCAAUAUUGCAAGGACAUACAUGGAGCAGUGUGUGGCGAUUUUGACAGAGCUUUUGGGGCUUCAACAGGAGCAUAUAACCUCAGCGGUAGUGCAGACUUUUCGGGACCUGGUUUGGCUGUGUCCCCAGUGCACAGAUGCAGUGUGUCGGGCACUGCCGGGCUGUGAGGAGACCAUCCAGGACAGCGAGGGCAAACAAGCAUUGAUUUGGCUCUUGGGGGCACAUGGUGAGAAAGUACAAAAUGCUCCCUAUGUUUUAGAGGACUUUGUGGAGAAUGUGAAAUCAGAGAUGUCUCCAGCAGUGAAGAUGGAGCUUCUGACAGCGUUAGUGCGGCUUUUCCUGUCUCGUCCUGCUGAGUGUCAGGACAUGCUAGGACGACUACUUCAUUAUUGUAUAGAGGAAGAGAUAGACAUGGCUGUACGUGACCGUGGAUUGUUCUACUAUCGCCUCUUGCAAUCUGGUGUGGAGGAAGUGAAAAGGAUCCUCUGCGGCCCCAAGUCUGACCCCUCUCUGGGGCUCCUAGAAGAUCCAGCUGAACGGCCAGUGAAUACGUGGGCCUCAGAGUUUAACACCCUGGCAUGUGUUUAUGGCAGAGCAUCCUGGGCACUUGUCACUGCUCAGCAGCCAGUGGAAUCCUCUUAUGCUUGUUCUCCUUUUACUGACCCCAAGGACAGGGCAGAGUCGCUAAUUUCUGAAGGGAAUAAAGAAGUCCUCCAGGUUCAUCCUGAUACAGGCAGCCUGGCCUUAGUUCCUGACACGUAUCUGACUGCAGAAGAGUUUGAGAAGACCUGGCUGAACCUGGACAUUAGCUGCCAGCACUCUCUGCCCUGGCGUGGAGCGGCUCACUCGGAUACCAUACAGACUGCUCUUCAUGUGGUCCAUAUCCAGACUAUUGCUAUGAGCAAAGCUGGGGUCCGGCCAUGGAAAGCUUAUCUCAGUGCUCAGGAUGACACUGGUUGCCUCUUCCUAACAGAACUAUUGCUGGAGACAGAGGAUUCAGAGAUGCAGGUUUCCGUGAAGCAGAGUGAGGCAAAGCCUGAGGCACUGAAAGCCUUUAUUUCUGUUUUAGAGACUGUAAUGGGGACAGUUGCUGGCCUGAAAUCCUGAUUGACCCCUGCUCCCAGUAGGAUGCUUACUGAGAUCACAGGAAACUGUUUUUAUUUUUUUUUUCCUUAUCCUGUGGCUUCAUUUGCCAUAAACUGUUGCUGACUUUGAACUUAUAAACUGUAGGAGCCUUAGCAGCCCUUCCCUCCCGGGCAGUGGGGACCGUCAUAUGUAGCAACCACAAGCAUGAGGUGAGCUGGUAGAUAUUGCAUUACUCUUAAGUGGUCAUUGAUUAAAUGAAAUUCUUAUGGGCUGGUGAAAGGACAAGACAAUGCAUUUGUUAGCCUGCUGCUUCUAGCAUGUCAUAAAAGUGGUGGCAUCUCCAGUGCUUGUCACAAGGCACUAGUGUGGACUGGGAAGCUGGCUGAUGAUUUACCAAUGUCUGUAGAAGGGACUUGCUUCCUUUCUCAUUUUCUGUUGGCAAGCUUCUGGACGUGUUCUUUGUGAAUAAAAUAUUAUAGCUUGACUACUUUAAUUAGCUGCUGUCAUUGUGCCAAAAAUGAUAUUACUUAGAUUCAUGUUUCCUUUAUUCAAAUAAAAGAAUAAUUGGGAAAUGCUA